AAAAAAAAAAACUUGUGAGGAUCGUGUGUCCGGGGGGCGAGGAUGGGGGAUUACAACAUGCCCCCAAACCCCAAGCACAGCGCGAUCGUGGAGAGGCUGAGGCAGCGGAUCGAGCUGUGCCGCCGGCACCACGCAGUGUGUCAGGUCCGCUACGAGCAGAACCAGCCGCAGCGCAUCGAGCAGGAGAGGAGAGACAAGCUGGCCCUGCACCACAAGUACCUGGAAACCCGCAGCAAGAAACCUCCCAAAGCCAAACAGCAACAGCAGCAGCAGCAGCAACAACAACAACAGCAGCAGCAGCAACAGCAGCAACAACAACAACAACAACACGAGAGCAAUCGGACCACCAAAAACUGCGACGGCGACCAGACGCCGGGAGCCAACGCCACCAGCGAGCACAGGAACCUGACCCUGAUCGCCUUACAGGGUUCCAUAAAGAGGAAGCUGGAAGGAAACAGUUCACCUAUCAGAACUGACAGACAAAAUGGCAUCUCAGACGGGACUUUCACGAUGGACAUUAAAAGAAUGCGAGUGGACGAGGGCAGUCUUGCAGUGAGCCAAAGUGGGCAUCCGCUCAGCAAUGGGCAAGGCCAAACAAUGCAGGGCUCGGUCACUAUGGGACCUGGGACCCAAGGAAAAGACAGUGGCUUGAUAGGAAACACCCAAGCCAACGGUGGAGAUAUCAGUUCUGGCUUCAGCAUGCCACUCAACAAAGAGAUGAAACAGGAGCCAGUGGAGAGUGUCUCCUGCAGUGAGCAUUUAAACAACCAAAUCUCCAACAACAGUAUGUUAUUUGAUUCCAAAGAUGAUAUAGGAAUGCACUUAUUUGAUCCGGAUUUGCAGGACUUGUUUGAUGAACUGACAAACAUGUCAGGCGUCCCUCCACUGAGUGACAUUGACUUGGACAACAUGUUGAACCCAAGCAUCAGGAAUGAGGAAUCGUUCAACAUGGACCUCGUGCAGAGAAGCCAGAGCAGUACCCCAAAACCUCCCUCACAGUUGGAAAAUACUGUCGUAAAAACUGAGUACUCGCCAGGUUUCACUCAGGCACCCGUAGGGUCACCCCAAGUGCGGCCCCCUUCUGCAGGACCACCAUAUUCCAUGGCGAAUGCAGUUAUAUCAGUUCCGUCACCCAUCUCCUCGACGCCUCAAACUCAGAACCAGCCUCAGCAAUCUUUGACGUCUGCAGCGAACCGAGGAUUGUCCAACUGGCACGACCUGUCUCAUGCGCAGCAGCUGAAAAAGAUCGCGGAUAAUCGGCAGCAGCACGCGAUGCUGCAACACCAGCAGCAAAAUCAAGCAGCUAACUGGCCGCCUGCUCCACCACCAGGCCCUGCUCCAGGAAGCUUUGGCCAAGAGAAGAUCACGAGUCCCUCCCUCCACCAACAACCCUUUAGCCCCCAGAACCCGAUGCUCACCGGGGUGUCAACCAACAGCGGUCAGACAAAAAACAUAAAUAACUACCCCUACAAGGCUCCUGCACAGACUGGCCACAUGGAUAUCAUGAGUCAUCAGCAGCAGCAGCCACACAGCAUAAACCGUAGCCUGAUGAAUACUAACUCUGCAUCGCCGGAUCAGUUUUCGUACAAUAACACCAAACCUUUGUCUCACUUUGACCCAGAGCCAGGCCAACAGAUCCCUGCCAUGUUGGGAUCCCAGAACAAAUCUUCUGUAUUGCAUUACACACAGCAGCAGCAGCCUUCCGCACCGAUGCAGCAGCAGCCACCACCCUCGCAGUCGGGGCACCUCCAGAACCAGGCUCUGCAACGGGCACAGAGCAUUCCCAUAACACUACAACAGAAGAUACUGCUGCAGAAGAUGCAACAAAACCAACAGCCUUCAGGACUGCAGUAUUCGCUGUCCCAACACCGGCAGGAUCAGAACUCUGUGGUGGGGCCAGGGCAGGGCCCAAGCCAAGCUUCCAAUGCCUGCCCAAAUCCAAAUCCUGGAAACAGCUACAUGAACAACUCCCACCAGGCCGUGUUGAAGCAGCAGCUGAUGGAGAAGAAGCAGGCCAUGCAGAGGCAAAUGAUAGAGCACCAGAAGCAGUUAAUUAUUCGACAGCAAAUCCUGGCAGACUCGGAGAAAAUGAACCAACAAGAUCAGCUUAACCGUCAUUUGACAAGGCCGCCUCCAGAUUAUAAGGACCAGAGGCGAAAUCUGGUUGGAAUGCCUCAGCCAAACCAAUAUCCCGGAGCCGCUGCUGCAAUGGGACUGAACUCCUCUCAGCCUCUGUCAAACCCUGCACCAAAUCACCGUGUGAUGGCUCCAAACUCCAGCCUAUUGCAAGUGAAUCCACCAAGCAGUCAAGGACCAAGAAUGCCUCCUAUUUCAGGAAGUCAAAGUGACAGAAAUAUUGGAAUGUACGGAAAUGUAUCUUCCUCCCAGCAGGGUGGAUAUACUGUUUCUUCUAGUGUUAAUCAAAUGCAGCAUCACACAAGUCAAAGUCAAAUGGCAAUGACCCAGAACACUCUAUUGAUGCCAAGGCAGCCAACGUUAGGUCAGGGCACCACAGUGUCGGGGUUUGGCACGGGGUCUGUUGCGAAUUCUGCCAUUUCUCAGCAGCAGAUGAGACCGGUAUUGAACCAUGUAAACAUCAAUAUGUCAGGACAGAGACUUUCAAAUAUGAUGACCAAUUCCAACAUGGCCCCACAGAACUGGACACUCCAAGGGGUGCAGGCAGCUCAAAAACAGACACAAAUGGGCCACAAUGUAAGGUUUUCUAGUAACCCUCCCUUCCCUAAUCAAUCUGUACAACCCAACAUGUCUAAUCAACAUUUCUCUCAGAGAGCCAUGGUACCACCAAACCAGAUAGCUCCAGGAGUUCAGAUGCGACCCUUGGCCCAAUUGAAUCAAGGUAUGAGCGUACAGACAAUGGGGCCACUGAGUGGGCCAUCUACAAGAGCCAGUCAGCCACGACCUCAACCACAAGCUAUGUCUGUAAUGAACCAGUCAGCGCCAGGUUUGGCCGUCUUGAGUCAGACACCUUCAGUGCAAACACUGCCCUCAACCAGUUUUCCCUCCACAAACCAACCCCCUAGAGGUUACCAGGGAACAAAUCACAACAGUGACUUGGGAUUUGACUUUCUUAGCCAACAAGGUGACAGUGCACUGACUGGGCUCAGCAGUGACUCUGACUUCCUGGACUCGUUGAUAAAAAAUAGCACUGGCAAUGACGACUGGAUGAAGGACUUAAAUCUUGAUGAAAUUUUGGAGCAAAACUCAUGAACAAGUCUGAGGAUUGGUAAAUAUUAUCCAUCCAUCGGAGAAGUACCUAAUGGACAGAACAUAUCUGUGCCUAUUUCCAGGUGACAAAGAGCCUCUUGGCAAAUUGCGGGUGUGCUCAACUGGGUUUGGUUAGAUACAAUUACAGGUUGUCGAAUGGAUCGCCAGUGUAAAAACAGUAUCCCUCCCCCCAAAAUAAUGUAUAAUAUACUGGGCUCAAAAUGCAUAGAUUUUAUGCGCUUAGUAAAAAAGUUUUGUAAAAUAUGUUUUUUACUGAAAAUCAUAUUCUCUGUAAGAAGAUUAUAUUUAUACUUUUUUUCUGGAAAAUUCUGUGAAUCAUUGUAGUGAAACAUUUUUACUUACAAAAAUGAACUUUUACAUGUUUGUUUUUUUCUGUCCUAGUUUUAAACUGACUUUACACGUUAGAUCAGAAGCCUACUUAUUACCAAUUUCCAAUGCGUACAGUAGUUUUCUUUUAAAGUGUUUUACAGUAUAGUUAUUAUUUUAUAAAUGACCCGUUCUGGUUUCAUUGAUUUUGUUACAGUACCAAGUAUUUCACAUUCGCUUACAUCACAACAAACUACUGUGAACUUUUGUGGCAAAACAGAUUUUCUGGACCCAUUAUAUUUUAACGGGCAACUCCAUUGUCAUUCAGCCACUUUGACCUAUGUGAGUUAAAUGGUAGAAAAAAGGUUUCAAUGGUCAAAUAUUAAUAUGAAGGAAGGAUCUGUUUGUCAACUAUGAAUACUGAGUAAUCAGGAUUGUGUUGAAGAGUUAAGUGGACUGAAGCCUUUAUUUAAAAAGAAACCUUUCAGGUUCAAGUCUGUGUGGAGAGAGAAAUAUUACAGCCUGUCUCCUAUGUGCCACAGAUUUCCUUAGCUUUCAGCUCAGCUUUGUUGGAGAAGUGACUCCCUACUGGGAAAUACAGUUUCCCCAGAUCCAUGAGUGAGCAGCCUUACUUGCUAUGGAGCAAUCCAUGAGUCAGUGCUAUUGAUAAUUAUUCCAACUUUGUGUAUUCACUUUUGAAAAGGUGGAUGGUCAGAGAUCUGUAAAUGAGGUUAGAAUCUGACUGUGUGUUUUCUAUGGACUCACUAUUAUAUAAAAUACAUUUUCCAGUUUAAAGGUGACCCUCCAAAACAGAUCACGAUUAAUGACAACAGCAUGCAAAUAUGAUCAAACCUGUACACUUCAAAUCUAAGAUGCCGUUAAAAUGUGUUUCAGUCAAAAUCUCAUGUUUUUGCUUUCUUCUCAAGGUCAAUACACUUGGAUUUUAAUUCAAUUUCACAAUUGCAGCCAAACACUUAGCUGCAUUCUCUCAGAAAUGUUCAGGCCUUUUAAAGAGAAGCGGUCAUGAUGUAUCUACAGGUUAAAUGUCCUUCACAAUAUGAGGUGCACUCACAGCAGCUUGUUCAAGUUAAACCAGGAUCUUAGGUUAAGCCAAUUCCACCAAAGUUACCCUUAAAUGACUAUGUUUAACGCUGAGAAUGGAAAUUUCAACCAUCUGGUGCAGAAGAGAAUCUUGUUCUCUGGUUGAGGUUUAGACUGCGACAUUAGGCCUGGUAAAGCAUGGCUGAUAUUUUGCUACUAAUCUGCAGUAGUGCUGGUUAGAAGAAAUUAAAACUUUCAUCAGAUACAAGGUGAUACAAGGUGAAAAUAUGUACCAUUCUCUCGCACAGUCAAACUGCACCUGGAAACAAUGAUUUCAAGCCUACUUUUACAUUUGCUAAGAAAGCCUAAUACAUAACAUAAGGUUGGUUUUAUUGAAAUUAAUGAAGAUAUAUCAACAUGUUGAUGUGGAGUUGUGAGUGAAGAGUGAUGUAUUACAGUUCCCUUGUUCAAUGUUUGGCUGGGAUUUGAGAAGGUAUGUUUUUUAAAAAAAUGCAAGCCUCAUUUCUUGAGACUGGGUUUGUUUUGAGGCCAGUCAUGAAAUCUACUGAGGUAGAUUAAUCACUCUUGUUUAAUUGGACCAACUUUUGGCAUCUAUUAUACAGUAUGGUCAGGCACAUUUAUUCUAGUUGCACUUUUAAUGAAAGUUGAACCCAUAAAACUAAUGGAUUUUUUUUGUUGGCUGAAGAAUAUGACAGGUAAGUGGCUAAUGAUAUUGGAGUUUUUACUUCAUGCCACAAAGUUGAUUUGAAGUCUGAAACAAUCAAUGAAUAUGACAGAACCAAGUCUUUUAGAUAUACAGACCAUGAGGAAUGGUACUUUUGUAUAAUAGAUUUUGUAAAAGUUCUAUUGAAACAAUAUUAUUAUACUGCAUUUUGUAUUUUAUUGUAAAACAGUAUCUUUCUUGAAGUAUUUCCAAAUACACUACUACAGAUGCAACAAGCGAUGAAACUGCUGUGAUUUUUUCCCCCCAUUUCAUAUGUAACUAAACAAUAUAGACCACAUGCAAGUGUAAUAAAUUGUAGCUCUGCUAACAGCA